AUGACGGAUAAUACUUCACAACUUCUUGCUUCAACAACACAACCAGAUGAUACAGUUGCACACGUAUUUUUAAAUACUUCAAUCGGUAAUCCACCAGCAUCGCCUCAUCAUGAUCAUCACAUAUUUAGACCUAAAGAUUCAAGAAGAAAUUCUCAAACAGGAGAUGAUAAUAUAAAUAAUAUUAAUCAUACGGGUGAUUCACAAUCCGUAGUACCAUUCUAUCGACAUCCGAAAUUUAUCUCAUUUUUACAAACGUUUACAAUGAAUUUUGUAUUUCCUUUUAUAAAUGGGGUCAUGUUAGGAUUUGGUGAAAUUUGUGCAAAUGAACUUGCUUUUAGAAUGGGAUGGUUUGGUGUUAGGAACAUGCCCCCCUUGAUUUCUGGUAGAAGAAAUGCUAUACCGCUUGGACCUAGAGAAAAAUAUGGUUCAGGUAUCGGACGUAGCGAACGUAGAACUAAAACGACGAAAAUUGUUGAUGGUCAAGAAAUUAUUGAAGAAUCUAGCGAAAUGGUUUAUGCUCAAAUGGCUCCUGCCGGUCCUAUUGUAUAA